CUUGGCAGUGGCAGCCCUAGAUGGACGACCGCAGGCUAAUGGCUGAGUGGAGGUUUUCUCGUGGCGUUGAGAGUCAGACCAAAGCGUUCCUGGAUGGGUUUAACGAGGUGGUGCCACUGCAGUGGCUGCAGUACUUUGAUGAGAAGGAGCUGGAGGUGAUGUUGUGUGGCAUGCAGGAGGUGGAUCUGCAGGACUGGCAGAGGAACACAGUCUAUCGUCACUACACACGCAACCGCAAACAGAUCAUCUGGUUCUGGCAGGUGUGAGACGCCUCUGACAUAA